GGCUAUUUUUACGCGCGGACACCGGACACCGGGCUGGGGCUGGGGCGGCGGCGGCGGCGGCGGCGGCCGAGGCGGGGCCGCACCGGGCCGGGCAUCGGGGCCACACGUCCGUUCGCGGGUCGCCGGGGCUGCGCGCGCCAUGGAGCCGCGGUGCCCGCCGCCGUGCGGCUGCUGCGAGCGGCUGGUGCUCAACGUGGCGGGGCUGCGCUUCGAGACCCGGGCGCGCACGCUGGGCCGCUUCCCGGACACGCUGCUAGGGGACCCCGCGCGCCGCGGCCGCUUCUACGACGACGCGCGCCGAGAGUACUUCUUCGACCGGCACCGGCCCAGCUUCGACGCGGUGCUCUACUACUACCAGUCGGGCGGCCGGCUGCGGCGGCCGGCGCACGUGCCGCUGGACGUCUUCCUGGAGGAGGUGGCCUUCUACGGGCUGGGCGCGGCGGCCCUGGCGCGCCUGCGCGAGGACGAGGGCUGCCCGGUGCCCCCCGAGCGCCCCCUGCCCCGCCGCGCCUUCGCGCGCCAGCUCUGGUUGCUCUUUGAGUUUCCCGAGAGCUCGCAGGCCGCGCGCGUGCUCGCCGUGGUCUCCGUGCUGGUCAUCCUCGUCUCCAUCGUCGUCUUCUGCCUCGAGACGCUGCCUGACUUCCGCGACGACCGCGACGGCCCGGGGCUCGCCGCGGUGGCCGCAGCCGGCCCGUUCCCUGCUCGGCUGAAUGGCUCCAGUCUAGUGCCUGGAAAUGCGCCCCGCCUGCCCUUCAACGACCCGUUCUUCGUGGUGGAGACGCUGUGCAUUUGCUGGUUCUCCUUUGAGCUGCUGGUGCGCCUCCUGGCUUGUCCAAGCAAGGCGAUCUUCUUCAAGAAUGUGAUGAACCUCAUCGAUUUUGUGGCUAUCCUUCCUUACUUUGUGGCGCUGGGCACUGAGCUGGCCCGGCAGCGAGGGGUGGGCCAGCCGGCCAUGUCACUGGCCAUCCUGAGAGUCAUCCGAUUGGUGCGUGUCUUCCGCAUCUUCAAGCUGUCCCGGCACUCCAAGGGCCUGCAGAUCUUGGGCCAGACGCUUCGGGCCUCCAUGCGUGAGCUGGGCCUCCUCAUCUUUUUCCUCUUCAUCGGUGUGGUCCUCUUUUCCAGCGCGGUCUACUUUGCUGAAGUCGACCGGGCGGACUCCCAUUUCACUAGCAUCCCGGAGUCCUUCUGGUGGGCAGUGGUCACUAUGACUACAGUUGGCUAUGGAGACAUGGCACCCGUCACUGUGGGUGGCAAGAUUGUGGGCUCUCUGUGUGCCAUUGCCGGCGUGCUGACCAUUUCCCUGCCUGUGCCCGUCAUUGUCUCCAACUUCAGCUACUUUUAUCACCGGGAGACAGAGGGCGAAGAGGCCGGGAUGUACAGCCAUGUGGACACGCAGCCUUGUGGCCCCUUGGAGGGCAAGGCCAAUGGGGGGCUGGUGGAUGCGGAGGUACCUGAGCUACCACCUCCACUCUGGGUGCCCCCAGGGAAACGCCUGGUCACUGAAGUGUGAAGGACAGUUGAGGUCUGGGGGACCUCACACCUCCUUAGAGGGAGGGAGGGAGGGCAGGGUGGAGGGAAAGGCUUGUGGGAGGGGAUUGGGUUUAGGAAGAGCUAGGUUAAGUGGUAAUGAGUGGGAGAACGCUGAGUCUUGCUGGGUCUUGGAUGGUAUGGUUCGGUAGCUCCUGUGGACACCUCCUUAAGUGGCAGCGAAUGGCAGUGGGUUGUGUUGUGUUGAUGAAGACUCGAUGGAG